UGGACUAGGCUUUGGACAGUUGCUGCCAGUGCAAGGGCCAUUUCCAAAAUUUUGGUCUAUUUUUCCCCCAGGUUGAUCGCCCACAUGCAUGUAUUGUUAAAUGAACGCGAAGUACGAAGAUGUGGACUUUUGGCGCGGCGUCCUGAGCGAGGAGGACCGCCGCCGCGCCAGCCCCGAGGUGCAGGCCCGCUUUGAGGCCGCCGAGACCGACACCAGCCUGCGCUGCUGGAUGGACGUGGCCAGCGAGGUGCAGCGGGAGGUGCUGCUGGACGCGGGUGUGCCGCCACACGACGUCACACGCGCCCUGGCGCUCAUGCGCGCCGCGCCCUACCGCCACCCCGAGCUGCAGCCCCUGUGUGUGUACCACCGCGCCACCCGUAUCAGCAAGCAGGGCAGCUGCCGGCAGGGCGACACGCUGCCGCCUAUGCCGCUCCUGCGGCUGGUGGCGGCGGCCGGGUCGGGCGGUGGUGCUGGUGGGGAGGCCGGCGGGCCCGUGCUGCAGGAGGCCGACCUUAUCUCGGUGUGCCGGCCGCACGAUACGCACCUGCUGGUGGCGGCCGCCGGGGGCAGCAGCAACAGCAGCAGUGCCGGGGGCGACGCCGAGGCGGGGGCCGCAGCGGCCGAGGGCGGCGACAGCAGCACUAGCGCCAGCAGUGGCGGUGGCGGUGGCAACAGCGAGAUUGGCGCUGCCCGGCUGAGCGCUAGCGUGGCUCUGGUAUAUAUUGCUGAGGCGCAUGCGGAGGACGAGUGGCCGGUCCGCAGCAGCCGCUACAACGGCGGCCGCGGACCGGUAUGUCUGCGCCAGAGCGCCACCAGCGCGCAGCGGGCGGCGCACGCGGCAGCGUUUGCAGCGGCGUUCGGGCUGCUGCCGGGGCCGCAGCCGCCGGCGGGCCGCCGCUGCGAGGAGGCGCAGGUGGCGGCGAGGAGGGCGGAUAAGUCAGGGAAGGCAGAGCAGGGGCAGAAGCAGGGCUGCAAGAGGCCGGCCGCGGAGCUGGGGCAGGACAACCAGGAGGAAAAGGAGGAGGAGGAGGAGGAGGAGGAGGAGCAGGAGCAGGAGCGGGGAGAGGACGCGCCGUGCCCACACGAGGCUCUGCUCCCUGUGUUUGUGGACCCUGCUGAGCGCGAGCCCUUCAGCGCCGCGCUGGCGCCCUGGCCGGCCCGCUACUACGCCUUCGAGGUGCCCAGCCGCAAGCUGGUGUUUGUGAGCCAGCCCUCCGACGCCGCGGACGUGGACCUGGCGCCGCUGACGCGCUGGAUGAUGCGGCAGGGGCUGGUGUAGGGCGGUAGUGGGAGGUUGGUGUUGUUGUGGUUGUUGUGGUUGGUGGUGGGAGGUCGGAGGAUGUGGGGUGCGUGGUGGCGAGGGGCGCACCGCUUGUGUGUGUACCGAAAAGUGACGCAGCGGGACAGCGGGAUGCAGGACCCCAUCAAAGGUGAGGUCGAAAGAUAACGUGGGAGCAGGAUGCGGCGGAGCAGCUUUGAGGCUAGCGAGGUUGCCAGAAGGCAGUGCAGGCGGGCACGUGGCAUGACGCGCGGUGCGGUACAGGCGCAGAGUCAGAGGCGCACGUUCCCUGUGCGGCUGUGGCGGCCCCGCAAGCGCUGAUGGACACACACGGUUGCCACCGGACUGUGAUCGGCAACUGCGCUGCGCCCAAGCGCAGUACAGAAAGGCUUUGGGGCAGGCGGUACGUUACGUUGUCAUGUACAGCUGCAUUGGUCAGUACAGCAGGCGCGCAUGCAAUGGAGCUUGCGUCUUGGUGUUGUGGAUGCUUUGUUGGUGAGAGUUGCGUGGGAAACGCUGGCAUCAGUACUGGCGUACUGGCAUCUCUGGGUCUGCCACCGUGCCGGCCGGCUUCCAUGAGCGCGGAUGGCGCAACUGUGAGAGUUUGAUUUGUGCGAUUCGGAGCAACCGCAAUUGCCGAACCUCCUCAGGUGUAGCCUUCCGUGGACGCCAUCCUUUGCCAUGUCGAAAGGUGCCAUGAACGAGGCUGGUCGAGGCGAAGGAGAAGGAGACGUGGGCGUGCCAUGUCGAUGAGAGCGUGGCAUGUUCAAGUAAAUUUAGUUCAAAUGUUAUUACGAUGGAACUUAUCGUAGCAGCGGGCGACCCCUGACAGUGGGCAAUACGCCCGGGGCGACUGCGUGGUCUGUCUAGCGACUGGGGUGACUGCGGCAGCCGAUGCCGGGCGCCCGGGCCGUUGGCCGCCCCUUGUCGUUCUCGCUCCACUCAAUCGAGAUA